CCGCUCAUUGCCAGGGUCCAUUUGUUGGGCCCGGACCAGCCAGUCAUACUGCACAUGUUGGAUAUUCCCCCAUGCGCGGACUCUCUCAAGGGUGUGGAAGCUGCGACCGGUGUGAAGGUUGUGGUGAUGGUGGGCGGGUUCCCUUGCAAGGCUGGCAUGGAGCGCAGAGAGGUUAUGGGCAAGAAUGUCACCAUCUACAAGGAGCAAGCGGCCGCGUUGGACAAGUACGCCGAUAAGGACGUCAAGGUGCUGGUGGUUGCGAAUCUGGCAAACAUGAAUGCGCUCAUUCUGAAGGAAUACGCGCCGUCGAUUCCCGCUAAGAACAUGACCUGUUUGACGCGUUUGGAUCACAACAUGGCUCUUGCGCAGGUUGGGCAGCGCGCGGGCGUGCCUGUCAUCAAUGUCAAGAACGUGAUCAUCUGGGGCAACCACUCCUCCACGCACUAUCCCGACGUCAACCACGGAGUUGUCAAGACUCCCGAGGGCGUCGAGAAACCAAUCAGGGAGGUCAUCAACGAUGACGAAUGGUUUAACGGGGUAUUCAUCAAGACCGUCCAGCAGCGCGGAGCGGAGAUCAUUAAGGCCAGGAAAUUCUCCAGCGCUCUAUCAGCUGCCAGCGCCGCAUGCAACCACGUGUACAAUUGGCUCAAUGGAACACAGGAGGGUACUUGGGUCUCCAUGGGAGUAUUCUCUGACGGAUCGUACGGCGUGCCUGCCGGUCUCAUCUAUUCCUUCCCUGUUACAUGCAAGAGUGGAGAAUGGAAAAUUGUCCAAGGUCUUCCUAUUGACGAUUUUUUGAGGCCGAAGAUGGAUGCAACCGCCGCCGAGCUUGUGGAUGAGAAGAACCUGGCGGAUUCUAUUAUCAAGGGCACUUAGACAGGUGUUGGCAGCAGGGGGAAAAAGUAAAAAAGAUGUCGGCUGCAGUAGUAAUUUUCGCGGAUGCGU